AUGCACUGCCAGGAUACCGCGCGGUGCAAAGAGAUCCAAGGCAGUGCAAUAUGGUACAACAAAGCAGUGCACGGAGGUGCAAUUCACGACACUGUGCGGUGCAAAAGCGAUCCAAGGCAGUGCAACGCCGUACAACAAGGCAGUGCACGGUCGGUGCACUGCCAGGACACCAUGCAGGUGCAAAAGCGACUCAAGGCAGUACAACCGAGGCAUGAAAGGCAACAACCACAAGAAUAUCCAUUGGACCAAGGCAUCGAAACUGACAAAAGAAAGGAGGAGGACAGCUACAAGUUUGAGCGCCAGUACUACCGCCUAGGGCUGCUUCGAUCGAGCAACCCAUCGGCCAUGGCGUCUACGUCUUCGUCCGCGGCCGCGGCCGCGGCCGGAGUAGUUGUAGCCGACGCCGCGGCCGCGGAUCCGCUCGUCCACGUCGCCUUCAACCAGCAAGGCACGCACUUCGUGGCGGCCACGGAAACCGGGUUCCACGUCUUCUCCUGCGAGCCGCUCGAGCGCGUCAUGCACCGGUCCGGCCUCACGGUCACCUCGCCCGGCGGCAUGGUGUCCUCCGCCGAGCUGCUCACGCGGUCGCAGCUGGCCGUCGUGACGAGUCGGCCGAACGAAGACGAUGCGAUCGAUUUCUGGAACGGCAUGUGCAAGGAGGGGAAGGUCGCCUCGGUCACGAGCUCGCACCAUAGAACGGUGGGCGGGAUCCGCCUGCAGGGUGAGUACAUGCUCGUCGCCGGCGAGGAGAAGGCGAGGCUGUACUUCGGCGGCAGCCGGGAGAAGGACGUCCGGCGGCGACGCACACCCGGUAGCGUCGACGUGCGCGCGCACGACUCGGCCGUGGCGUGCAUGGCGCUGUCCCGCGACGGCCGGCUGCUCGCCACCGCUGGCACCCGGGGCACGCUCGUGCGCGUCUUCAGCACCGCCGACGGCUCCAAGCUGCAAGAGCUAAGGAGAGGCACUGAGGGAGCGACCAUCCACUGCAUCGCCUUCUCUCCGGACUCCAAGUGGCUGGCCGUCACCAGCGACAGGACGACGGUGCACGUCUUCAAGCUCGGCGACUUCGACCUAACAACCUCGUCACCGGAGGACGGCGGCGAUUUCGUGCUCCUGCCCGCAUCACCGAUGACAUCUCCUUCUGCAAAACAGGGCUCAUCCCUGUCUUUCCUGAAAGGCUACCUACCGACCUAUUUCAGUUCAGAGUGGUCGUUCGCCCAUUUCAGAGUUCGUAAAGCCACCAAGUACUCCAUCGCCUUUGACCAGCAGCGCCCCAACACCAUUACCAUUGUAGGCGUCGACACAAGCUUCUACCGGUGCGAGUUCGACCCCGUGAAAGGAGGCGCCAUGCGCGAGCUCAAAUACUGCAGGAACUUCAUGGAUGCUUCUACCAAGUAA